AUGGGUGGAAGUGAUAACUUCUCACUAUUCAUUCAUCAUGGUGGAGAGUUUCGUGAAGUUCAGAGCUUUAAUGCUUAUGCUGGGGGUAAAAAGAUAGGGUUUCAUGACCUUGGUGUAGAUAAGUUUGGUUUUUUUGAUUUGAAGGAUUUAGUGGAGAGUUUGGGUUAUUCUGGAUGGGCUAAGUUAGUCUAUGUCGAGCCUAAAUCAUAUAUAUAUAGGGUAAUCAAAACUGAUAAAGAGGUGAUGGAUAUGUUGGGUUUCCUUACAGAUGUUAAUAAAGUUGUUAGUGUUUUUGUGGAGGGGGGGGGGGGAUUAGGAAGAGUGAUGUUGGGGCAGUUGACGAGGGUGAUGCUGGGGCAGUUGAUCUGGGAGAUGCUGGGGAAGAUGAUCAUGGAGAUGAUGGGGAAGAUGAUGAGGCUGAAGAGGUAUGAUGGAGGAUUAACAACUGACUCAGAGAAAGAGUAUCUUCCCUCUAAUGCUGAAGAAAGUGAUGAUGCAGAUGAUGAUGAUAACAGGGAGGGUUUAGAUGAUGAAGAGUAUGUGGCUGUUAAGAGCACCCGCAUCGCGGGCUCCUCGAGCAUCACUCGAAGGGAAACAGGUCCAGGUCCUAGCUCAUGGGUAGAGGAUUUACUUAAAAAAUGUAAUCCUAUUAAUGAGGAAGAAAACAAGUCGGAUUAUAAGGAAUCUGGUGAUGAGAUUAAUUCAUCUGAGAGUGAUGGUGAAGGCCAGCCUAAGCAAAAAAAAAGUAAGUAUGAUCCAAAGGCAGAUGACAAAGACCUAGACCUUAAGCUAGGCCUUAGAUUUGAAGAUGGAAAGCAAUGUAAGACAGCUUUAACAAGUUGGGCAAUAGCUAAUGGUUGGUUCAUUAGAUUUAGAAGAGUGUCUAAAGACCAAUGUGAGGCUAUCUGCAAGCCACCAUGUCUGUGGAGGGUGUAUGCCUUUGUUGUGUCUAAGGAUAAGGCAUUCAUGAUUAAGUCACUUAAGGGAGAACAUACCUGUAAGAGGGCUACAAAGAACAAGUUACUAAGUUCUAAAUGGAUAGCUAAUAAGUACCUGCCAGUGUUCAGAGUAAAACCUAAUUGGGAUGUUAGUGAAUUGAGGAGAGACAUAGCUGAUAGAUUUGCAGUCAAUGUUAGCAGGGAUAGGUUACAUAAAGCAAGGAAACAUGCAUUAAAUAUUGUCAGAGGGUCGGUUGAAGAGCACUAUGCAUAUCUUAGGAGAUACAUAGCUGAACUGAAAAGAGUAGAUGGAGAGGGCACAUUUGAUGUUGUUGUGGGCAGUGAUGGGGUAUUCAAGGGCAUGUACAUAUGUCAUUCUGCAUUGAUGAAAGGUUUUAAAGAGAGUUGUAGACCAUUGAUAGGCUUAGAUGGAUGUUUUUUAAAGACUUACUUGGGUGGGAUCUUGAUGUGUGCUGUUGGAAAGGAUGGGAACAAUCAGAUGUUCCCAAUAGCAUGGGGAGUGGUCAGUGUUGAGAACGAGGUGAAUUGGAGUUGGUUUGUCAAGCAUCUGGUAGAUGAUCUAGAGAUAGGCAGUGGUGAAAACUACACCUUCAUCAGCGAUCAACAGAAAGGGCUUAUGAAUGCUGUGAGCAAUUAUGCUCCAAGGGCAGAGCAUAGGAAUUGUGCCCGCCACAUCUACAUGAAUUGGACGAAAGAAAAUAAAGGAGCAACACUCAAGACUAUAUUUUGGAAGGCUGUAAGAGCUACAACUGAACAACAAUACAAGAAGGUGUUUGAGGAGAUGAAGGCUGAGAGUGUUGGAGCUUACCAGAGCUUCAUUGAGAGGGACACUUCAAAAUUCUGUAAGGCCUUUCUAUCUCUCAACCCUUGUUCGGACAUGGUAGACAAUAAUAUAAGUGAGACUUUCAAUGGCUGGAUACUUAGUGCUAGGGGAAAACACUUGACACACUAUUUGGAAGAAAUAAGAACAACCCUUAUGAUGAGGCAAAUGAAAAAGUUACAUGAUAUGGCAGUGGUUUCUGAUAGGCUUUGUCCUAUGAUCAACAAGAAACUUGAGAAAAUGAAGUUUCAGUCUAGGAACAUGAACACUAUACCUACACUUGGGGAUAAGUUUGAGGUAGAUGAUGAGGGUGAAAAAUAUGUUGUCAAUAUUCCUGUGAGGACAUGUACAUGCAGAGUAUGGGACCUUACUGGUAUACCUUGCACACAUGGUUUGGCUGUCAUUAAGUACUUGAAUGAUGAUGCAUCUGAUUUUGUGCAUGAGUAUUACACAGUUUCCAAGUAUUUGCAACCUUAUAAAUAUGCAUUGGAGCCACUGAAUGGUCCAUUGCAUUGGCCACAGUGUGAGGGUAGUGUGAUUAAGCCUCCAACAGUGAAGAACAUGCCUGGGAGGCCUAAGAAGAAUAGGAUUAGGGAUCCCCAUGAGGUUGAUCCCAAAAACCCUAAUAGGUUUAAAAGAAAAGGGCUAGUAAUGACUUGUGGUAACUGUGGUGAGCGUGGUCAUAACACAAGGAGCUGUAAAAAGGAGAAGGUCGAGAAGCCAACAAAAGAAAAAUGA